AUGGUACCAAAUUCACAUUCAACAUCAACAAUAUUUUUUUCAUCAUCAUCAUGUCCACCAUCACCAACAUUAAAUUCAACAUCAUCAAAACAAUAUUUAAGUCAUUUAACGAAUAUUGUUUAUGAAAAUAAUUUAAAUAAAAAAAAUAAAGUUGAAAGUAAAAAUCCAUUUAUUUUACAUCCAUCAGAAUAUCAAGGAUAUGUAGAAUAUCUUCAACGUAAUACAGACCAAUUAUUAGAUAUAUUAAAAGAUCAUACAAUUUCAAGCGGAAAUCAUUAUUACAUAUUAUUUUCAAAAAAUAUAAUUGAACAUUAUUCAAAUGAUAUAGUUGUAUUAGACCAUUCAAUAAUUGGUAUUAAAAAAUUAAAAAUUGUAAAAUCAUUCAUUCUUAAAGAAUAUACAAAUAUAAUCUAUAUAAAUUUCAUUCCAAAAGAACAAAAAUCACAAGAAUAUUUCAUUAAAAUUGAAGUUGAUUAUAAUUUUAAAAUUAAAAUUGACGGUUUACUACCAAAUGGAAUCUAUGAAUUGGAUUUAGGUGAUACAUAUAAUGAGCCGUUGUUGACCAAUUGUAAAACUAUACCAAGUUCAGUUAAAAUUUUAAAAAUUGGAUAUUCAUAUAAUAAUCCAAUUCAUAAUAAUAGAUUACCAAUUGAUUUGAUAUCAUUAGAUUGUGGAUUUAGUUUUAAUCAAAAAAUACCAUCUGGAAUAUUUUCAAAUAGUUUAACAACAUUAAGAUUUGGUAAUAAUUUUUCAAAUCCAAUUUCAAAGGGAUCAGUACCAUCAUCAGUUAAAUAUAUUCAAUUUGGUGAGAAAUUCGACCAAAAAACUAAUUUCCCACUAUUACCCCCAUCAAUCACAUCAAUUGAAUGUUUUUAUAAACAACCUAUAAUCUCCCCGGAUUCCACAAAUCUAUGCGAAAUUGAAUCUGAAAUUAAUAUUGAUAAUGAUUCAUUUCCUGAUCAAUCUCCAUAUUGGUUAUAUGGUCAUUUAUUAUCAUCAUCAUCAUCAUCAUCAUCAUCAUCAUCAUCAUCAUCAUCAUCUAUUAAAAGAUUAAAACUAUGUGGUAAACAUUACUCAUCAUUCACUAUAAAUCCAUUUAAAGAUUCAUUUCCAUGGUUAAAUUUAGAACGAGUAGAAUUUAGUUCGGAAUUUGAUACUUUAAUCGAAGCUGGUACAUUACCACCAAAAUUAAAAUACUUAAAAUUCGGUUACUCAUUUGAUAGGCCAAUAGUUGUUGGUUCAUUACCAUCAACUUUGGAAACCCUUAAAUUUGGUGAAAAAUUCAAUCAAACAAUCUCAAAAAACUCAAUUCCAAACUCUGUAAAAAAGUUAAUAUUUGGCUCAAGAUAUAAUUGUGAAAUAUUAGCUUCAAAUUUACCACCAAAUUUAGAGGUUUUAGAUUUAGGUUUAUCCUAUUCUUUUAAUUUAUCUCAAAAUUCAAUUCCUAAAAAAUUAAAAAUACUAUAUUUAAAUCAUUCUUUUAAUCAUUUCAUAAUUGAUAUUUUACCAAAUUCAAUUAAAGAAUUAUAUUUUUCAAAGAAAUCUCAAAAUUUAUUAGAACCUUUAAAAAAAUCACGUUUAUUAUAUCAACAAUUAUUAAUUGAACAACAACAACAACAACAACAACAACAACAACAACAACAACAACAACAACAACAACAACAACAACAACAACAACAACAACAACAACAACAACAACAAAUUCAACAAAUUCAACAAAUUAAACAAAAUCAACAACCACAUAUAAAUUCAAACAAUGAGGAUUUUCUAAUAAAAUCCAGUGUAAUAUUAUAA